AUGAAGCCAACAAUUGCAAUUCCCCUCGCGCUGGCGAGCCAAGCCGCAUCGGCUGUCGUCAGUCGUGAUGCCUCCAUUGACUACAACGCGGCACCACCUAACCUUUCUACCCUGGCAAAUGAUACGCUGUUCGAUACAUGGAGACCUAAAGCUCAUGCUCUGCCUCCAUCUGGCAAGAUCGGCGACCCAUGCAUGCAGUAUACUGAUCCUAAGACAGGACUGUUCCAUGUGGGAUGGCUUCACAAUGGUAUCGCAGGUGCUACAACGGAUGAUAUGGCCACAUACAAGGAUGUCAACCCCGAUGGAAACCCGUCGAUCAUCGCAGGAGGGAAGAAUGAUCCCCUUGCAGUCUUCGAUGGCUCAGUGAUCCCCAAUGGUAUUGAUGGCAUGCCCACUCUCUUAUAUACCUCCGUGUCCUACCUUCCAAUUCAUUGGUCUAUCCCGUACACCCGGGGAAGUGAGACUCAAUCCCUUGCCGUCUCAUAUGACGGUGGCCACAACUUCACCAAGUUGAGCCAAGGCCCCGUCAUUCCUAACCCCCCAUUCGCUGCCAAUGUCACUGCUUUCCGUGACCCUUAUGUCUUCCAGAACCCCACGCUGGAUGCCAGUGUCAACAGCACCAAAGGCACUUGGUACACCGCCAUCUCCGGUGGUAUUCAUGACGUCGGCCCUUGCCAGUUCCUCUACCGACAGACUGACUCGGACUUCCAAUAUUGGGAAUACCUCGGACAAUGGUGGAGCGAGCCUGUCAACUCUACCUGGGGCAAUGGUGACUGGGCUGGCGGGUGGGGCUUCAACUUCGAAGUCGGCAAUGUCUUCAGCUUGAAUGAAGAGGGAUACAGUGAGAGUGGCGAGAUCUUCGUGACUCUCGGUACCGAGGGCUCUCUGGCCCCUGUGACUCCUCAAGUGAGCUCAAUUCACGAUAUGUUGUGGGUUGCUGGAAACGUCACCAACAACGGCGAGGUCACCUUCAACCCGACCAUGGCCGGCUUCCUCGACUGGGGUCUCUCUGGCUAUGCUGCGGCAGGAAAGAUCUUGCCCGCAAGCUCCCAGGCAUCCAAGAAGAGCGGCGCUCCCGAUCGCUUCAUCGCCUAUACCUGGCUCACUGGAGACGAGUUUGAGCUUGCCAAGACCUUCCCUAAUGCCCAGCAAAACUGGACCGGAACUAUGCUGUUCCCUCGUGAGCUGAAUGUCCGCACCAUUUCCAACGUGGUGGACAACAAGCUUGCUCGUGAGUCUCCAUCCUCCUGGCGUGUGGCCCGCGAGAGCUCCGGCAAGGUCGAUCUCGAGACAAUGGGAAUCUCCAUCGCCAGAGAGACUUACAGUGCUUUGACCUCCGGAAAGUCAUCUUCUGAGUCUGGCCGAACUCUGUCCGAUGCCGGAUCCGUUGCUUUCCAGGAUUCUCCCUCGAGCAAGUACUAUGUCUUGUCUGCGAACAUCUCCUUCCCAGCCUCGGCCCGUGACUCCGAUAUCCAAUCCGGCUUCAAGAUUCUGUCUUCCGACCUUGAAUCGACAAGCAUCUACUACCAAUUCUCCAACGAGUCUAUCAUCGUCGACCGCACCAACACAAGCGCGGCCUCAAAGACAACUGCCGGAAUCACCAAUGAGAACGAGGCAGGUCGCCUGCGUCUCUUUGACGUGCUCAAGGACGGAAAGGAACAGAUCGAGACUUUGGAACUCACUGUCAUUUUGGAUAACGGUGUUCUCGAGGUUUACGCCAAUGGACGCUUCGCGCUCGGUACCUGGGCCCGUUCUUGGUACUCGAACUCCACUGGAAUCAGCUUUUUCCACAAUGGUGUGGGUGAGGCUACCUUCUCGAAUGUCACAAUCUUCGAGGGAUUGUAUGAUGCUUGGCCUGAGAGGAAGUAG